AUGCGAUGUUCUCAUCUUUUAUCAGGCUGGAGAGACGCCCAUCAGGUCAGGAACAUAGUGUCUCCCGUAGAGCAACUAGCAACUGUUACUAAGUGGUGUAAGCCAUCGUAUGGUCGAUUUAAAUGUAAUAUUGAUGCAUCUUUUUCUAAUAACAAGGUCGGUAUAGGUGCCUGUAUCAGAGACGAUGAUGGGAGGUUUAUUGCAGCUAGGACAGAUUGGUUUUCACCUAUUAUUGAUGUUGAUAUUGGCGAGGCUCUAAGUCUCUUGGCUGCUAUUAAAUGGGUUUUGGAGCUGGGCUAUGAUAAUGUGGAUUUUGAGUCAGAUUCAAAAGUUGUAGUGGAUAGUGUGACUAUCCCCAAGCCAAACGACUCAGAUUUCGGCGCCAUUACUCGAGUCUGUUAUCAGUUUUUGACUCACUCUACUAAGAACUUUCAGGUUAAGUACAUUAGAAGACAAGCUAAUGAAGUUGCUCAUGCUUUGACUAAGGCGGCUCCAUUUCAUGCUAGUUCUCAUAUUUUUAACGAUGUACCUACAUGUAUUCACAAUCUUAUUUAUAAUGAAAUGGUUUAG